AUGGAACCGACGACGGCAGCAGGUGGCGCCAGUGAGGCGCCGGCCACCAACUGGUCGCCGACGGCCAACCAAACGAACGGCGGCUACUACUACAGCGGCAACGACACCGAGGCUCCGUUUAUGCAACACUUUCUCGACAACCUGUCGUUUCGCAAGUUCGACCUCAUCACCCAGAACAUUCUCAUAGCGAUGUACUGCGUCCUCAUCUGCAUCGGCGCCUUCGGCAACAGCCUCGUCUGCAUCGCCGUCAUCCGCAAGCCGGCGAUGCGCACCGCGCGCAAUCUCUUCAUCAUCAACCUCGCUGUCUCCGACCUGACGCUCUGCAUCUUCACGAUGCCGUUCACGCUCAUGCAGAACGUGCUGAAGAACUGGCCGCUCGGCGAGUUCAUGUGCAAGCUCGUCUGCACGUUCGAAGCAACCAACGUGUUUGUAUCGACCAUGAGCAUCACAGCGAUCGCGCUCGAUCGCUACCAGGUGAUCGUCUACCCGACGACACAGAGCAGCCAGAAGCUGGGCGGGAUACUGAUCCUGGGCAGCCUGUGGGGCGUGUCGAUCAUACUGGCGAUGCCGAUGUUUCUCUACCACGCCAAGCAUCCGAUGGGUCUGCCGGAUCUCGUCUUCUACUACGUGUGCGCAGAGAGCGUGUGGCCGGUGCCGAACGGUCCGUUCGUGUACGCCGUCUGCGCCGUCGGCUUCCAGUACGUGAUGCCGAUCGCCGUCACGACGGCGGCGUACGGGAGCAUCUGCCGCAAGCUGCAGUACCGCAUGGUGUCGCAGACGACCAUGCACAACCAGCGGAAGAAGGAGCUCGAGGGGCGGCGGAAGAAGAAGACGAAUCAGUUGCUGAUCGCCAUCGCCGCCAUCUUUGCGAUCUCGUGGCUGCCGCUGAACAUUUUCAAUCUGGUGACGUUCUGGGACACGCAGAGCACGAUGCUGAGUCCAGGGGACGCUAAUCUUAUCUUCGCUGUCUGCCACAUGAUGGGCAUGUCGUCGGCCUGCUCGAACCCGCUGCUCUACGGCUGGCUGAACGACAACUUUCGCAAGGAGUUCAACGAGAUUCUCUGCAACUGCAGCGAGCUGAACAUCAUGGAUAAGAUCAGCGGGAGUCUACGCAGAGGUGGCGCCACCACCGGCGUCGGCGGAGAGGAGGUGCCGGUCGUCGUUUACACGAAGGCGCCGACGACGCACCUCGCUGCGCCGAAUAGUGCGGCGAACGCAGAGCCAUCUGGCGUCACGCAAGUGGAGCAACUCACGGUCGCCGUGUAA